AACCAAAUAAAUUAAAUGAAUAUCCCAGAAUAGAUAUUAGUACUAGUGAUUUUAAAGACUUUCGUCUAAGAAGUGAUAUCUUAGUAGAUAAGAGUCUUCUUAUCAAAGAAAUUAUAAAAGCCACCACGAUACUACUUAUUACUCGACCUAGACAAACCGAUGCUUGGGGUAAACCUUUAUCUCAAAAUGAAAGCAUUAACCGCACGCUCUUUGUUGGUGGCGAAAUAGAUAGUGACCUUGAAGGUCCAAAAGAUUUGUAUGCUUUAAAAAUCAGUUCCGACCAAAAAUUAAUGGAAAAACAAGGGAAAUAUCCUGUAAUUUUUUUCAGCCUAAAAAACACUAAGGGCAACAAUUACCAAGAGAUUGAGAAUAAUGUGAUUAAAAAAGUUCAAAGUGCUUAUAAAUCCCACGCUUACUUAGUCAACAGCGAUCAGUUAGACUCUUUUGACAAGCAGGUUUUUCAAAAUCAUUAUCGUGGCGAAAUUAAUAAGUCUGACUUGCAAGAUAGUCUAAGAUUGCUGAGCGAAUUAUUAGUUAAACAUUUCCAUAAAAAAGUAUUUCUUUUGGUUGACGAAUAUGACGAAACAAUUAAUCACGCUUACACCAAAUUUGGUUAUGAAUCAGAAGAAUUCACCCAAGUGUUAGAUCUUGUCAAAGAAAUAUUGAGUUCGGUAUUAAAAGAUAGCACUUACUUGGAAAAAAGUGUCCUAACUGGCAUUUUGAAAAUAGCCAAGUCUAACUUGUUCUCUG